AUGCUCGUCAAUAUAUCAAUAGUGGUUCUAAUAAUCUUGCUAAUCCUCCUAGCAAUUCUCAUAUCCCUCGACAGCCCAAUUAUUAUAAUUCUUCUCAAUUUCGUCCUCACAAUGGCAACCGCCUAUCCAACAACCAUCGCUAUUCUCAACUUUCUCCUAUGCUUCCAUCAAAUCUUCUCAAUUCGAUUUCGAUGGUUGGGACCAUUCAUAUUUCUCAUCACACUACCAUUCGUUUAUUAUCAAUCAUUGGCAAUUUAUCGACGCACGAUACAUUUAAUUAAAUUGGAUCAAGGCGAUGCUGUGAGGCCUUUUAUCGACGAGCUCGCCCUCAAAUCAAUUCUCGCGAUUCUAACAAUUGCCGGCUACCUUCGAUUAGUUUACAGAAAAACUGGAAGGAAUGUAGACGUCGCUGUGUUCAAGCAAGCUUUUCCCAUCGCCUGCUUUCAAUUGAUUUCUACUAUUGCCAUCAUUUUUACGCAUAUGCAAAUGCUGAAGAAUAAUUCGGAAGCGAAAAAAGUGUUUGUCGUCAAAUAUGGAUUGUGUCAGCUUCUAUAUUCCGAAUUCUGGUCGACUCGAAUCCGAUGGAAGGGACCCUUAAUAUUCCUGAGCAGUGUACCAUUUGUAUUCUACAUAUCAUCGAGUUCAUUGACUUAUGCCGUCUAUUUGACUGAAAGAAAUGAAGAAAGCAAUAAUAGUUUAAUAUUUUUUAUUAUCGAUCUUUCCCUCAAAACCAUAUUCGGAAUUCUUACAUUUAUUGGCUACGUAGUGAUAUUUUUGAAAGUUGGCGGGCAUCGCAGAAGAAUUGGUCGAUCCGUCGACUUUUCCGUCAUCCAGCAAGCUUUUCCCAUCGCUUGCUUUCAAUUGGUUACGACAAUUUCAAUAAUUGUCAUGCAUUUGAAAAUUUCUGGCGAAAGUUAUUGGGAGCUCACCAAAGUGUGCAUAGCGAAAUUUGUCUUCACUCAGCUUCUUUGCAUCGUGGUCCCAUUCUCAAUAAUUCUCGGAAAUCGAAAUCGACGCGAGAAAUUCGGCGAUUUCUACAUUUGCUCCAGAAACACUCCAAUUAAUCCAGAAAUAUAG